CGUACCAAUUCGCGUUUCUAAUAUCGUAUAUGCGUGUAAUUUUUCAGUGCGUGGUUCGCCCCGCCACUGUAAUGCUGGCCACAGUUGCACAAUAAUAAGAAAUAUACAAGUCGCGUACACAUCAAUCUGCCUAAUUGCUUUAGUAAUUGUGCCUUUAUAUAAAUAGAAAAAAAUAUUCUAAAAUCCCAUUAAAAUUCGACAUUCAAAAUGAACCAUAACAAUGGUUCGGUUAUAUCGUCGACGAGUGAUUUUAUCGAAGGCUUCGGCCGGAUGUUUUAUGUGAUAGACCCCAAGAAGACGCAGUUUGAAAGGAUCGAGGAAGUGCCCAAUUUUUAUGUGCAGUCAUGGCCCUACUUCUUUACCUUUAUGAUACUGGAACAUAUCAUUCUGAAGCUUAAGGGUAAACGAGGCAUACGACUAAAUGACGGCAUAACAAGUAUUUCAAAUGGGCUCUUUCUUGAGGGCGGCAGAUUGAUAUGGCGCGGCGCAGAGUUUUACGCGUACAACUGGAUAUAUAAUAAUUGGAAAAUGGUGGAUUUGCCAUGGGAUUCCACUACCACUUGGGUUCUAGCAGCUUUGGGAAUGGACUUCUGCUACUAUUGGAUGCACAGAGCUUGUCAUGAGAGUCACGUUCUCUGGGCUCAACAUCAGGUUCAUCACACGUCAGAAGAUUUCAACAUGGGAGUCGGUAUCAGGCAAUCAUUUGUGCAAGGAUGGUGUGGAUUUGCAUUCUACCUUCCUCUUGCUCUGGCCAUUCCACCGGCGCAGUUCAUGGUUCACCAUCAAUUCAGUUAUCUAUACAUGUUCUGGAUUCAUACUGAAAUAGUGAACAAGCUUGGCCCUCUAGAAUACUUCAUGAACACUCCCAGCCACCACAGAAUCCACCACGGAAGUAAUCCCUAUUGCAUAGACGUCAAUUACGGCGGCGUGUUAAUUAUCUGGGAUAAGCUCUUCGGCACGUUCAGAGCAGAGAAGGACACAGAUCGUAUCGUGUACGGUCUUAUUUUCCAACAACCUUCAUUCAAUCCUCUCCAUUUGCAGACUUACUACAACAAGUAUGUUGUUCAGAAAUAUAAGGAUUACACAAGAUGGGAUCACAAGAUACACGCUAUAUUUAAUAGACCAAGUUGGAAACCUGAGAAAUAUGUUAAGUUCCAGGAUUUGCCUGAAGACCCCAAAAUACAUCUUGCCGUAAAAUAUGACGUUGUUCUUCCUAAAUGGUGCUUCGUAUACCUGCUGAGUCACUACACUUUAGUCCUUUAUGGAUUUUACCGCCUAUUUUUGAUGCAUUUGAGCAUGUCACCACUGGUAGUACUCGUCCUAGUGCUAUACAUUCUGGCAUCUCUGACGGUAUUCGGGAUGAUCCUGGACGCGUCACCAAGGGCGCCAUUUCUGGAACUCAUUCGAUGCCUCACAUUGAUCGUGAUAACUUCAUUCGUACCGUCAAUACGACUCAGCAUGUUCUCAAAGAUGUUCUACGUGUCAUCCGCUUUGUUUUGGUUCUUGUUUGUGUAUAAAACCACCGUUAUAAGAGCUGAAAAGAAAGGGGACUGAUUUAAGACAAUAUUUGUAAGCGUAUAUUAAGACUAUUGAUAGUUUAUACGUAUGAUAUUGUUAACUCAUUUUUAAUUUCGAAUAAAUUAUAAAUAAUUUUUUA